AUGAUCGAAGGCGCUCUGGGAGGCUUUGCAUUCAAAACUUGCAUCCGCUUUUUCCCCCGUCGCAGCAAGAGAGACUUCAUCAGCGUUGAGAACCGAGCAGGCUGUUUCUCUUCUCUGGGGAAACAGGGCGGGCGCCAGGUGCUGUCACUCAAUAGAAAUGGUUGUGUUUACACCGCCAUUAUCCAGCAUGAGUUCAACCACGCUCUGGGCUUCACGCACGAGCAGACCAGGAGCGACCGCGACCAAUACGUCCGCAUCAACUGGAACAAUAUUCAAUCUAACAUGGCCUACAACUUUGAUAAAUCUGACACCAACAACUUGAACACGCCUUACGACUACAGCUCUCUGAUGCACUACUCAAGUAAAGCCUUCAGCAAGAACGGCCACGACACCAUCUCUCCCCUCUCUCCUCACCCAGUCCAGCUGGGACAGAACCGAGGUCUGUCCGACUCCGACAUCAAGAGGAUCAACAUUCUCUGCAAAUGUAACACUGAACCUGAACCUGUAAAGUGCAGCUCCAAAGUUUAA